AACAUCAUGAACUAGAGAGGCGUAAACUAUGACGUACGCUUUCAUUACUACGAUGUGAAAUCUCCUUGCAAGCGCUUUCAGUUGCGUUCUCGCUUCUCUUCUCGUGGAUCCCCAAAUCCUCUCCGGCCACCGGCAUCGCUCCUCUCCCGCCCGCCGACGCCGACCGCUCCUAUCCACGCCACCGCGUCGGUGCUCGAGUUGCCUCAGAGAGGGAGAGAGAGAGAGAGAGAGGGAGGGAGGGAGGGAGGGAGGGAACGGCGCUCACGCUGUUCCGAUUCGAACGAGCUCGCCCGGCGAUUUUUUUUUUUCCUGGAACGGGCUGGCUCCGAAUCUCGGCGAAGUGUGGGGAGCGGCUCCACCCUCCAACCAAGCACCGCAGGAUCAACCAGAAGGCGGGCGCGCGGGCGGCAGGCGGCGGUGCUGAGAACACGGGUGGCACUGUCUGGACGGACGCUGCGGAUCUCGGCGAUUCUUCGCGGCCUGCGUCAAGGGCGGAUCGGCAGCGAUGAGCGGCGGCGGCGGCGGGAGCCCCAAUAACACGGAGUGGCGCUUCAACCAGACCCUCCGCAACGUGCAAGGAAUGCUUAAAGGACGCAGCUUUCCUGGGAAGGUUUUGCUAACCCGGCGAUCCGAGCCUCUCUCCCCUCCUGAUUAUUCUCCAAGCUUUGAGAGCGAGCACGAUGAAGAUGAGCGCAAGGAGGGUUCUCGUCAGGAGGGAGAAGGUCAAGCAUCUGGAAACUCAUUUGACAAUGCAAGUUCAAAGAAAUCAAAUAUUCUGUCAACAAGUAGUUCAAAUUCAUUGCCAGAUGCUCAGGGGCUAGUUUCUGGGGCUAGAGCUACUGAUUCUGCAAGAAUUGCUAAAUUCACAACGGAACUAUCUAGGCCAGCUGUUAUAUUAGACAAAUUGCGUGAACUAUCUUGGAGUGGUGUGCCUCCAUAUAUGCGACCUAAUGUAUGGCGGCUUCUUUUGGGAUAUGCACCGCCUAAUAAAGAUAGACGAGAAGGUGUUCUAACAAGGAAAAGGCUGGAGUACGUGGAAUGUGUUUCUCAAUACUAUGAUAUUCCAGAUAGUGAACGCUCAGAUGAAGAAAUUACCAUGCUUCGCCAGAUUGCAGUUGAUUGCCCAAGAACCGUACCUGAUGUUACAUUUUUUCAGAAUCAUCAGAUUCAGAAAUCUCUUGAACGCAUUUUGUAUACAUGGGCUAUUCGUCACCCAGCAAGUGGCUACGUCCAAGGAAUAAAUGACCUUGUUACGCCUUUCUUGGUUGUCUUCUUAUCAGAGCACCUAGAUGGCAACAUGGAUACUUGGUCUGUGGACAAUCUUUCAGCGCAGGCCAUUUCCAACAUAGAAGCAGACUGUUAUUGGUGUCUCUCGAAGUUCCUUGAUGGAAUGCAGGAUCAUUACACCUUUGCGCAACCAGGAAUUCAGCGCCUCGUUUUUCGAUUGAAGGAACUAGUUCGUCGUAUAGACGAACCUGUUUCCAAGCACAUUGAAGAGCAAGGAUUAGAGUUUCUUCAGUUUGCCUUCCGCUGGUUCAACUGCCUUCUGAUACGAGAGGUACCUUUCCAUCUCGUAACGCGCCUGUGGGAUACAUACCUUGCCGAAGGCGACUAUCUGCCAGAUUUUCUCGUGUACAUAUCGGCUAGUUUUUUGCUGACGUGGUCGGACAAGCUGCAGAAGCUGGAUUUUCAAGAGAUGGUGAUGUUCCUGCAGCACCUCCCCACGAGGACCUGGGCGCACCACGAGCUGGAGAUGGUCCUCUCGAGGGCAUACAUGUGGCACACGAUGUUCAAAAGCUCUCCCAGCCACCUCGCCGGCUAGGACCCACCCAAGUCCACCAUGCCUGUAAGCGGCAGUCAGUUCCUUCUGUUUUUUUUUUGUUAAGCGCGUGCAUACUAUACUAUCGGUCGCGUCGCACCGAUUUGUAUAUUUUCCGUUUCCUACCGAGGAAUGCUUAUCUAUAAUGAACACCAGAGGACAAGUAUUAGUGCUCAAUUUGAUAUUCAGACCGGUAGUUGUAUUGUAUUGUUUGCCGCGCUCUUGGUGGCGCAAGGCCUUUUUUUUUUCCCCAACACCAUGAGAUGCUCGUUCCCUGUUUUGUGAAACGCAGAGAAGCGCUGUGGCUUGUGAAAAUUGUGAUGGUCCAUAC